CUUCUUCAUUCAAUCAUCCAUUUGCCAUCUUGUAAGUAGAUAAACGACAAUGGCCAGCUACAGUUACAACUACAUUAUAAAGUACAUUAUCAUUGGCGACACUGGUGUUGGAAAGUCAUGUCUUUUGCUACAGUUCACUGACAAACGAUUCAUGCCUGCACAUGACCUGACCAUUGGUGUGGGUUUUGGCACACGCUUUGUGACAGUCAAUGACCAACAGAUUAAGUUGCAGAUUUGGGAUACGGCUGGUCAAGAGUCUUUCAGAACCAUUACGCGAAGCUAUUAUCGAGGAGCAGCUGGAGCACUUUUGGUAUAUGAUAUCACAAGACGCGACACAUUUGAGAACCUCUCGACUUGGCUUGAAGAUGUUCGUCAACAUGCCAACCCUAACACAGUUAUUAUUGUGAUUGGAAACAAGAGUGACCUGGAUAACAAGAGACAGGUUAGCCGUGAAGAAGGCGAGAGAUUCGCCCGGGAAAAUGAUCUGUUCUUCUUGGAAGCAUCUGCAAAGUCUGCAGAUAACGUUGAAGAAGCAUUUGUAAAGACAGCACAAUCUAUUCAGAAAAAGAUCCAGAGUGGUGUCAUUGACCCAACAAGUGAGCAAAACGGUAUCAAGUUGGCUCCCCUCUUGGGUGCCUCUUCUUUGCCUUCUGCCAACUCUUCUUCAAGCAGCGGGAAAUGCUGUUAAGCAAGUGAAUUGGAAACACGCAAACUCUCGAAUCCCAAACUCACACACGCCCACGCGCAUGCACACACCCAUACAACCCACCCACACACCUAUCUUGUUUACUCCAUUUUUUCUCUCUCUCUAUCUCUCUUUUCUUUAUAAUCUACUUUAGACCCUUUCACAAUCUCAAUCUCAGUAUCUCCCCUUUCUCUUUGCCUUCCUCCCUUUCUCUUCUCCCCCUUCUCUUUUGACUUCUUUACCUUUCUAUAUAUAUCUCUAUAUAUUCUUUUUCUGUUCUUAUUUCCUUCUCUAUUUGUCCUUGACAUGUAAAAAAAAUCACACGCAAACACACAUACACACACACACAAAACAAAUUAAGGAAUAUCCCAUUCAUUUUCUUGCCUAUGAAA